UUGAGUAUGUCCCCCUUACUCAUGCUGGUUUAAUAAUUCGCCUCUUUACGCGCAUUGGCAUUAAUAAGUAGUGGUUGCAGUGUGCUUUAUUUUAUUGAAGUUUACUAUCGUUUUGUUUGUUGUACUACGUUUCUUAGUCGGGUGUUAGAUAGUUGAUCUUACCAUGCUCGGUAGAAUUUUUUGUCAACGUUUUUUGCCUGCAGGAAGCAAAGUGCAAAACAGUGCAUUUGCACAGAACGCAUUGAAUACUACCCCAUGCCGAGAGUUUCGUACAGGCAUACAGAAGUACCAGGAAUCAGUAGAGAAAGUGAACAGCAGUGCAUCACCUGAUUCAGAUUACAGCCUUUUUCCACCCCUACCAGGUCAAGACAGCUCUUUAAGAUGGAAUGGACAGAAGUAUGAAGAGCUACCUAUAGUUCACAUAAAAGCGACCUACAACAAGUAAGCA